AUGCUACAACUUCGCAGUAUCGGAACUUUCGCAAGUCUUCUUGCGUUUGCACAUGCGCUUACGCACCAAUUGAUUAUUGGCACCCUUGGCACAAAGUCCCUCUAUACUGUCGAAUUUGACGACGAGGCUUCCACCUUGAAGCUACUAGCCAAUACUUCAGUGCCUGUACCUGGAUCUUGGAUUACUCUUAACCACGACAAUACCAAGUUGUACACCAAUGCCUGGGCCACAGGACCGCAGUUUGCGAGCUAUUCUCUAUCUGACAAUCACGAGAUCACGCACGAUGUAACCAUUGCAGCUGGAGGCAAUUGUACCGCUACCUCUAUAUUUGUUGUCGCGAAUCCGAAUCCACCAUAUUCCGUGUACGGUUCGUUCUUUGGCAGCAACGGCGGCUGUGGCAGUGUCUUGUCCGUGGACGAAAAUGGUGUACUUGAUGCUGCUAUACAAAACUACACCUUGUCCAGCGCAGCGGGCGUCCAUGGCACGGCACUGAGUAGCGACUCCCGGUUCUUGUACUCUGCUGAUGACAGCGCAAACGCAUUGUGGACGCACAGUAUCGAUCCAGAGACGGGAAAGGUGACAUUUGUUGCAAAUCUCACAGCACUGUCUACUGGCGCGGAUCCUCGCCAUGUAGCGGUGCACCCGAGCGGAAAGUUUCUCUAUGUCGUCUUGGAAGGCUCGAACGAGAUUGCGCAGUACACGAUUGAUCAGAGCACUGGUAUCCCGUCUUUCGAGAAUGUGAUUUACCCACUCAUAUCGUCUGGAGACAACGCCUCGAGCUAUCUGGGAGGAGACGAGGUAGCCUUGUCCUCCAGUAACAAGCAUCUCUGGGCAACCACGCGGGGAGGAAUGGACGGCACCGCAGGUUACAUCUCGGUCUUCACACUGGACGAAAAUGGCGCAAUAAAAUCUCAAAAUUUCUUGACGCACACGAGCACCAGCGGUGGUGGUUCCAAUGCCGUGGCGCCGAGCCCGUCGACGGAUCGGUACGCCGCCUUGAUGGACAGCUCGAAGGGCUUUGUGGAGAUAUGGGAGUUGGCCGAAGAUGCAAGCAAUGCGACGAUUGUGGCACAUCUUGACUUGGCCGAUGGUGGAUGUUGUGCGAACGCUGUAUGGCUGUCAUAA